AUGCAUCCGAACGAAACUGGCAAUGUAACAGAUUCAAUUUCGGCCGUCUCAAAGUAUGUGACAAGUUCGGACAUUGGAUACUGGGUCUGUGCUAUCAGUGUUGUAGCAAUAGGACUGGUGGGCAAUUCAUUGGUCUUUCCCCUGAUGAGGGACGUCAAGUUCUCAUCUUUAUCCUACCCAGUCUAUUUGAUAUUCCUGACCGUGUCGGACAGUGCGGUUCUACUAAUGUAUUGCAUAUAUCAGACGUUACUUUUCUUUAAUUCGUUUCAUAUCAUUGGGAAGAACGUGGCUGCAUGUAGGGCAUGGGUAUCCUUAAUAUCCACUGCGACGCUGCUGUCGCCAUGGCUGGUGGUUGGACUGACUCUAGAUCGAUUCGUCUGUGUUGUUUUCCCAAUGAAGCGCGACCGAUUCUGCACACGAAGAAAAGCCAAGAUCGUCUGCUCGUGUCUGACAGUUUUGUCAGCAUUGGUGAUCCUACCAUUGUUGGAAGGGGUGGCGGUUGUGGAAGAGUCCAAUAUAUGUUUCGUAGAAGACCACCUCGUAAUUAUCGUCACCUUUGUCCGUCUAGUUCUCAACUCCAACCUUCCCUGUCUCUUGAUGCUCGUCCUGAACAUUGUGAUUGGAAUCCACAUCCAGCGCAGCGCCACCUUCAGAAAGAGAUUCACCUCCACCAGCUCUGGCUCCAGAGAAAACAAGCAGGACAAGUCACUUCUCCCUCUAAUACUGAUCUCCGUGAUGGCUUUCGUAACCCUCCUGCCUUCUUCUAUCGCAGAUACCGUUGUUGGGGUUCUACAAGCGACUAAUUCAGAUACUAAUACUUUGAACGUCGUAUUCAAGAAUGUUUACAUCCUAAUGGCCAGCUCAGCCAACUACAGGAAUAUUAUAACACGAAAGAUGAAUUGUAAGAAUAUCUUCAGACGAAAGGAAAGUGUCACUGUGGCAAUGCAAACUGGUGUCGCCAGGCCAAAUGUGACGGAAUUGAAUGCCAGUACGUCUUUACACACCGAUUCAACACCAGUUGUCUCUCAUAUUUCAGAAUAUACUGGUGAUUUCAGAAAUUGGCCUAAUUGA